AUGGCGACGUCUAAUCUGUUAAAGAAUAAAGGUUCUCUUCAGUUUGAAGACAAAUGGGAUUUCAUGCGUCCAAUUGUUUUGAAGCUUUUACGCCAAGAGUCUGUUACAAAACAGCAGUGGUUUGAUCUGUUUUCGGAUGUGCAUGCGGUCUGUCUCUGGGAUGACAAAGGCCCAGCAAAAAUUCACCAGGCUUUAAAAGAAGAUAUUCUUGAGUUUAUUAAGCAAGCACAGGCACGAGUACUAAGCCAUCAAGAUGAUACAGCUUUGCUAAAAGCAUAUAUUGUAGAAUGGCGAAAGUUCUUUACACAAUGUGAUAUUUUACCGAAGCCUUUUUGUCAACUAGAGAUUACUUUAUUGGGUAAACAGGGCGGCAAUAAAAAAUCAAAUGUAGAAGAUGGUAUCGUUCGAAAGCUCAUGCUUGAUACAUGGAAUGAGUCCAUCUUUUCAAAUAUAAAAAACAGACUUCAGGAUAGUGCAAUGAAGCUGGUACAUGCUGAACGGUUAGGAGAAGCUUUUGAUUCCCAGCUGGUCAUUGGAGUAAGAGAAUCCUAUGUUAACCUUUGUUCUAAUCCUGAAGAUAAGCUUCAAAUUUAUAGGGACAAUUUUGAGAAGGCGUAUUUGGAUUCAACAGAGAGAUUUUAUAGAACACAGGCACCCUCAUAUUUACAACAAAAUGGUGUACAGAAUUAUAUGAAAUAUGCAGAUGCUAAAUUAAAAGAAGAAGAAAAACGAGCACUACGUUAUUUAGAAACAAGACGGGAGUGUAACUCUGUUGAAGCACUCAUGGAAUGCUGUGUAAAUGCCCUGGUGACAUCCUUUAAAGAAACUAUCUUAGCAGAAUGCCAAGGCAUGAUCAAGCGAAAUGAAACUGAAAAAUUACAUUUAAUGUUUUCAUUGAUGGACAAAGUUCCUAAUGGGAUAGAGCCAAUGUUGAAAGACUUGGAGGAACAUAUCAUUAGUGCUGGCCUUGCAGAUAUGGUAGCAGCUGCUGAAACUAUUACUACUGACUCUGAGAAAUAUGUUGAGCAGUUACUUACACUAUUCAAUAGAUUUAGUAAACUCGUCAAAGAAGCUUUUCAAGAUGAUCCCCGAUUUCUCACUGCAAGAGAUAAGGCAUAUAAAGCAGUUGUUAAUGAUGCUACCAUAUUUAAACUUGAAUUACCUUUGAAGCAGAAAGGGGUAGGAUUAAAAACUCAGCCUGAAUCAAAAUGCCCUGAGCUGCUUGCCAAUUACUGUGAUAUGUUGCUAAGAAAAACACCAUUAAGCAAAAAACUUACUUCUGAAGAAAUUGAAGCAAAACUUAAAGAAGUGCUCUUGGUACUCAAAUACGUGCAGAACAAAGACGUCUUUAUGAGAUACCACAAAGCUCACUUGACACGGCGUCUUAUAUUGGACAUCUCUGCUGACAGUGAGAUUGAAGAGAAUAUGGUUGAGUGGCUAAGAGAAGUUGGUAUGCCAGCAGACUAUGUAAACAAACUUGCAAGAAUGUUUCAGGACAUAAAAGUAUCUGAAGAUUUGAACCAAGCUUUUAAGGAAAUGCACAAAAAUAAUAAAUUGGCUUUACCAGCUGAUUCAGUUAAUAUAAAAAUUUUGAAUGCCGGUGCUUGGUCAAGAAGCUCUGAGAAAGUCUUUGUCUCACUUCCUACUGAACUGGAGGAUUUGAUACCUGAAGUAGAAGAAUUCUAUAAAAAAAAUCAUAGUGGUAGAAAAUUACAUUGGCAUCAUCUCAUGUCAAAUGGAAUUAUAACAUUUAAGAAUGAAGUAGGUCAAUAUGAUUUGGAGGUAACAACGUUUCAGCUGGCUGUGUUGUUUGCAUGGAACCAAAGACCCAGAGAGAAAAUCAGCUUUGAAAAUCUAAAACUCGCAACUGAACUCCCUGAUGCUGAGCUUAGAAGGACUUUAUGGUCUUUAGUAGCUUUCCCAAAGCUCAAACGGCAAGUUUUACUGUACGAACCUCAAGUCAACUCACCCAAAGACUUCACCGAAGGUACCCUCUUCUCAGUGAACCAGGAAUUCAGCUUAAUAAAAAAUGCAAAAGUUCAAAAAAGGGGUAAAAUCAACUUGAUUGGACGCUUGCAGCUCACUACAGAAAGAAUGAGAGAAGAAGAGAAUGAAGGAAUAGUUCAACUACGAAUACUAAGAACCCAGGAGGCUAUCAUACAAAUAAUGAAGAUGAGAAAGAAAAUUAGUAAUGCUCAGUUGCAGACUGAAUUAGUAGAAAUCUUGAAAAACAUGUUCUUGCCACAAAAGAAAAUGAUAAAAGAGCAAAUAGAAUGGCUAAUAGAGCACAAAUACAUCAGAAGAGAUGAAUCCGAUAUCAACACUUUCAUUUAUAUGGCAUAA